AUAAAACUUCUCUUUUUGACUUUUGUUUUGAUUCUUCUUUUUACUUACCUUCCCUACUCCUCCCCUGAAACCAGUUCUUUCGAAACUACCUGCCCCUGUCUCUGCCCUUCCCCUCCCAAAAAGCACCUGUGACCUUGAGUACUUUGUGGUGGUAGUGUCCUUGACCCAUAUGCACAUGCAGGCACCCACUGGCAACAGCCACCUUGGUUUGUCUGCCAUGUUCCUGCCCCCUCCAUUCCUCCCAGGGACCUCUUUCUGAUGGCUACAGCAACAUGCAGUCUACAGACACCAUCACACCCUAAAUGUGCUGGCUUUUCCUUCUCCUUGUAAAGAUGAUGGGCAAUUUCAGUAAGGACAAAGUAGUCCUUAAGGGCAAGCAAAAGAAUGCUGAAUGGUUAUAACUCAAGUGGCAGCUACAGUGUCUUUUUGAUGAACACUAAUGAGCUAGAGUAUAUUUGGGGAAAGUACAUUACAAGGUCUUCCCGAAAGAAUGUCAUGACCACACCUGUAAUUCUUGCUUAUGUUCACAAAGAACUGAAUGUCCUCAUAUCCUGACUUUUGCAUUGCACUGCCAAUAUUAACUAAGAGAAUGGAUGGGAAACAAAUGGCAGAACUUGGGGAAGUUUUUCUUUCUUCUUUAAAAAAAAAAAAAAAAAACGGCAGAUGGUGUUUUGAACACAACUUGCCAUAGAAUAUGAAAGCAUAAAGUUUUGGCUGUGUGAGGGGGGAAAAAGAAGUUGAUUUUUUAAACUGUAAAAAUUAGCUUGAGGUUGUCCCAGGAGUUUAAAGGGAAAAAAAAAAAAAACAUUUAGAAAUGGGAGUGAACUGCAAGAUAGGGUUUGUGUAACAAGUACCUCAAACCACAAAAGUCACAUGGGCUCUUUCUGCUUUGCUACUUUUGAUUACUUGUCAGAGGGUUGCGCUUUGAGCUUCCCCCAUCCUGCAAGGCCACUCAACCAUGUGCUAACUGGAGUAAUCUUUAUUCACAAUGUCUUUGCAAAGGCUAGUGCAACAGAGCAGCAAUGGCAAUUUGUUGGACUACCGCGCUGGUCCAGCGUAUAGCUCUUACCCCACACUCACCGGCAGCAUUACGAUGGACGAUAACAGAAGGCUUCAAAUGCUGACAGACACAGUGGCUACUUUGCCGCGGGGACGAAAGCAGCUUGCUUUGACCAGAUCAAGUUCUUUAGGUGACUUUUCCUGGUCUCAAAGAAAGCUUGUUACUGUGGAAAAGCAGGACAAUGGAACAUUUGGAUUUGAAAUUCAGACUUACAGGCUCCCUAAUCAGAACGCCUGCUUCUCGGAAAUGUGCACUCUGAUAUGCAAAAUACAGGAGGACAGCCCAGCUCACUGCGCUGGCCUGCAAGCUGGUGAUGUCCUUGCAAAUAUCAACGGCGUGAGCACAGAAGGCUUUACCCACAAACAAGUGGUUGACUUGAUCAGAUCGUCAGGAAACCUGCUAACGAUAGAGACUCUUAAUGGAACAAUGAUUCUCAAAAGAACAGAGCUUGAAGCAAAGCUGCAGGUUUUAAAGCAAACCUUGAAGAAAAAAUGGGUGGAGUUCAGAUCUCUGCAGUUACAGGAACAGCGCCUGCUUCACGGUGAUGCAGCUAACUGCUUGACUUUGGAAAACAUGGACAUGGAGGAAUUGUCUUUGUAUGGAACCCUUCCUGGUCCAGGCCCGGUACUUGUGGACCGGAAUCGAUUAUCCAGCGAGAGCAGUUGUAAGAGCUGGCUGAGCUCCAUGACGAUGGACAGUGAAGAUGGCUACCAGACGUGUAUGUCUGAGGACUCCAGCAGGGGCGCCUUCAGCCGGCAGACGAGCACAGAUGAUGAGUGUUUCAUCCGCAAGGAUGGGGAUGAUUUUCUGAGGAGGUCUUCAUCAAGGAGAGACCGGAGCAUCAGCACCACCAGCAGUGGAUCUAUGUCUCCCUUGUGGGAAGGUAACUUCUCAAGCAUGUUUGGGACCCUGCCUCGGAAGAGCAGAAAAGGAAGUGUCCGGAAGCAACUCUUGAAAUUCAUCCCUGGCCUUCACCGUGCUGUGGAAGAGGAAGAGAGUCGCUUUUGAGGGGUUGUGGUGCCCUUUCAAAUUAGCUUAUUUCACAAAUAUCUCUAGACUCAUCUAGAUCAACUCCACCCAGUUUAGCGGGAAAGUACAGAUGGAUUGCUUAACUGACAUCUCAUUUCACAGUAAUAGUGACCUUUAUUUAAAUUUUUGCAUCAUUGUUUUUGCUUCUUAAGUCUUUUUUUAACCAGAACAGCUGUUCUAAGGAAACGUUAGGGAAAUGAAGUAAUAAGUUAGAUAAUAUGACAAAUUAAUGCAAUUACCACUCACUCUAAUGCUGCCUGUGAAAGCAAGAGUAAUAUUUAUUUUCUAGAUUAUUCAUGUGGAAAAUGGAGGACUUUUUGGAGUCAUAUGUAAAUAAAGGAGUGACAAAAUAUAAUAAUCUGGGCUACCUUCCAUAGGAUAAUUGGUAGGUUACAAAAUCUUAUGUUUGCUUAAGCUUAGUGCUCCUGGGAAGACUUAAUAAUAGGCAAUUUUGAAUGUUUCUGUUAAAAUCUAUGAACAGAUUAUAAACAAAGAUGACCAUCAGCCUUUUCUCACAUCUAUAGUGAUGAUAAAGCAGGAAGUAGUAGAUUUAUUAAUAUGAGGGGUUCAGCUUUAUGAGAACCAUGGAAAGAUGUGGACUGAGAUGGGUGCUGAUGAAGAUUAUAAUAAGGUCUCCUUAAUAGGCAGUCUAAACAAAAUCAGUAGAAAUAUCAUUUGUCUUGCCUAAUUUGACUUUUGUUUUGCCUAAACAUUGAUCCUAGAACUCUCAGGAUCCUAUAGCAUUGUGAUUAUGAUGAUGAUGACUCUUAUUAUUAUCUUGCUACAAAUGACUAAAAACCAAAAAGAAAGUUGGGAAAGGAUUUUCCUCCUGUAGAUUUUUUCACAUUACUUCCUACUUUAUAUUGUAUAUUCCAAAUAGUUACCACCCCAGCAGUAUUUUGUCUUUUCUGUUGGUUAUGUUAGUAUCACAUUAUUUCUAGUUUAAAUCACUCUAUAUUUUAUUCAGUAUCUAUUAAAGUCCAUGAUUUUUCUGUUAUGGUGAUGUAAACUAUAUUCAUUAAACUAUAUUCUAGAGUAGACAAUUUGGACUAUGUAAUAAGUAGUCCUUACUGAUUUUAA